CGCUGACCUCUCCUCAUGUCCCUUUCAGUGCCACCAGCGCGGGUGUGAAGCUGUUCCCGAGGCCGAUCUCCGAAAGGCUUUUUCAGCACUCCUGAUGUCUCCGGAGCAAGGGGCUGUUUGUUCCCAGCAGAGAGAUGCCGGCUGUGAGCUGGAGGAGAGCGAAUUGUGCUCCGAUCAUGGAGUUGUGAAGGAGCUCCUGCAUCUCCAGGAGGGACCAGCAGCUGGGGUUCCACACUUGCCUGGGGUGCAAGAAGCCACUUGUCAUGACCAGGGGGAUGCCACUUGUGAGUGUGCAGUGAGUGAAGCUGUGGAGAAUGGAUUGUGCAGCAGUGAUGGGAGUGUGGGGGAGCCCCUGGGUCCCCAGGGAACAUCAACACCCGGCAAUGCACACAGAAGGAUCCUCAGAAGAUUCCUGGGCAAGCGGUUCAGGUCCCAUCCUGUGCCCGUGUUGGUGCUGGUUGUGCUCGUGUUGCUGGUGCCGGCUUUGGUGGUGGCCUUGGCUGUGCAGUCAGCCCCACAGUUUCCAGUCACACCUGCGACUCCGCUCUUGGUUCUGGCCUGUCCCUCUGGCUGGGUUGGCUACAAUGGGAUCUGCUACUACUUCUCCAGGGAUUCCAGCACCUGGGAGCAGGGUCAGGAACGGUGCUCCGAGCUCGGGGCCUCCCUGGCCAUUGUCCAGGAUGAGGACGUGGGUUUGCUCUUCCGCCUCCGCGGGAACGUCGAUUACUGGCUGGGGCUGCGCAGACGGGGCCAGCGCCUGCACUGGGGGGACGGCAGCAACUUCAGCUCCUGGGUUCAUGUCCUUGGCAAUUCCGAGUGUGUGUACCUGGCUGACAAUAAAUUGGUGAGUGAGGGCUGCUCCAAUGAGCGGCCGUACCUGUGCAGCAAGGCCCAAGCUCCCCUGUGACAGGGGCUGCAGAAAGGACCUUCUCCACGCUGGGCAGUGCCAGCUUCACCUCUCAGCCCGGCACAGGCUCUCCUUGCUCAGCUGCAGCCUGUGCCUUGCCCUCACUCUCAGGGUCACCUCCAUGCCUGUUCCUCGCCACUGCCAAGGCCGGGCUGGGUGUCCAAAGGAAAAGUCUCUGCAAUCCCUCCUGGCCCCGGUGCUGCCUGCAGGGAGGGCAUUGCCCCCGUGACACCCCCAGCUUUCAAGGGAAAUUCAAAUUUCCGUGUGCACUUGGAAAUCAUGCCGAACUUUCCUGAAGCUGAGCCAUUUGGACUGUGCUUGACAGAGGAAGAACAGCUGACACGUGCUGAGAGGGAAUCCUGCUUUUGGCUUCAGGCCCCUGACUGUGAAGAAUGCUCUGUCACCUGCUGGCUCCUUGUCUCUCCCUCGGCUUUGGGGGAGGACGAUCGGAGCUGCUGCUUGGGGAGGGGAUUCACUGCCGCUGCCAUAAUCCAGGCUGGAACUGUGUUUGUGUUCUGUUUGUUGUUAAAGCUUUAUUUGGGGUUUUUAAGAGAUGUACAGAUGUACAGAUGUAUUGAUAAUGCAUUGAUGCAUUAUUUUAUUUACUUUUUUCAAACCAAAACAGCCCCAUCCCUCUGUGGCACUCUGUGGGGAGGAGGGAGGGAGGGAAUCAAGGAUCAAGUGGAGCCCAGGAAGGAGAGAGCAGAGUGGGGAGGGUGCGUCUUUAGGAUCUGACCAGCUUCUCAUUCCCUUCCUCUGAUUUGUUUGCUGAUGAAUUCAAUGAAUUUCCCCAGUCCAGGCCUGUUAUGCCCAUGAUGGCUGAGAGAUCUCUCGCUGCCUUUAUGGAGACCGUCGAGCCUUUCCUGAUGUGUUCUCUUCCCUGCCCAGGGGCAGGAGCAGGGGGACAGAGCGGUUCUGCUGGCACCGGGCACCUGGCCGUGCCCAGCCCAGCCCAAGAAUCCCUGCCAGAAUUCACUGCAGCAUUUCCCGGCCCCACGGCAGGUCCGGCUCCGCGGGCAGGCGGCUCCAGGAGUUGCAAGUGGGCAAAACGAGGCCGAGGGAGAGGAGGCAGGUGGUGCCCGUGGGUGAAAUGUCUUUGCUGCGAGCUGGCAGGGAGAGGAGGAGGGAGAUGGUGGUGCAGAGCAAAAAGGAGAGGAAGAGGCUCGUGAAAAACGAGGUUACCUUUCCUAGAAAAAUUUAGAAUUAAAAAAAGAGAAUUAGGAAACAGAAUAUAGGAAUUUUUAUAUGGGCGGGUGACUUGGCAUUCUGCCAAGGACACACAGUAAUGAAAAGGCUCCUUCCUUAAAAGUAUCAGCCUGUUCCAUCUUUAUAAAUCCGCAUACAUGAUUCAAACAUUUCUUUUGAAUGUGAAUUUCUUUGUUCAGUUUCAUCUCCCCCAAUCAUUUUGUCUGGUAGAUCUAUCUGAGAGUGGCUCCAUGUUGUCUGAUAGCAUAGGUUUCAUAAAUCCUUCUCCUGGGGCUUUGGUCCUCUUCACUUGGAUAAGAUACUGGUAAGAGAGGUUCAAUAAUUCCUUCUUGUAGCUUUUGGUCAGUAAUCUUCAUUUGGUUAAUUCAGGAAUGCAGGAGGAUUCCCCAUCUACCUUCUAGUGGGGGUUUGAUUCACUCUGGUCACUUGGUUUGACUGGUUACAAAAAUCUUUACAACUCAGAAAAAGGAAAUAUACAUUCAUCACAUUUCUAAACACUGUUAAUAAUAAAAGAAAAUACAGUAAAAUCUUCCCACAUUAUACAUAUAGUAUUGAUCUGAAUAUUUGCGAAAAGCCAACUUU